AUGUUCAUUAACAGCGAAUUACCUAGUGCUAAAGAGUAUCUUCAAGGUAAAUUUAAAGUGGAUAAGAGUAGUGAUACACCUUCAAGGAUUAAGAUCAUCCCUAAAUCAAAUGAUGAUAAUGCAAAUGAUGAUAAUGCAAAAGGUUAUAAGAAUAUACUUUCUCCUGAAGAUAUGGAGAUGCUUUCUGUUUUUGGACCUUAUACCAUUGAAUGGAUUUUAAUUAAUGUUUUAAGUAGUUUGUUCAGCAUUGAAAGUAGUGUAAGGUGUGCUAGUGUUAUCGAAAGGAUUGAAUCUCUGGUUCGUCAUAACGGUAAUAAAAUGAUGGAAAAAGCUGCCAAUAAAAAGAAAUCAAAAAAUCUUAUAAGUUAUCCUUUUGGUACUGCUUUGAUCGAAUUUUUGAUUGAACGAGGUCUGAUAGACCUUAAGGUUUUGGAUACUUCAGUUAAAAAUAAUACCGAUGUAAAAAAAAAGAAGGGUUAUCACUAUCGUUCCAGCGGUGUCUACGUUGAGUGUAAAUUCGACACUUCUCUUCUUCCAAUAAAACUCCAUCUACCAAUGGUGUAUAAGCCCAAACAAUGGGGAAUUGUUGAAUCAAAAAGCGAUAAUUCCCGAUUAUUGAGCAUAUUUUGUUUAUCGGGUGGGUACUUAAAUAGUACAGAAACGAAUGAGGGGUACAAUCUUUUAUCAUCGGGGGACUUAUCGAAUUUCUUUCUUUUUUUUGGUAAUAAAAAUGACAAAAACACCCAUUCCAAGGCUCAUAACCUUUGCGAAGUUAUGAAUAAACUGCAAAAUCAAAAAUUUCUAAUUAAUGAAGACUAUCUCAAUUUUAUUGAAAGAAACGAUGAUUUAUUGGUUUCUCGUGGGUUUCUGAUGCCGGAAUUUCUUCUCAAAAUUAAUACCAAUGAAAUAAUUGAUAGAGUACGACGGGUGUACCUGGAAGAGAGUCAAAGUUUUCAUAACUCCGUAAGCUUAGAAGCUGUCAUGCAGAUUUUGUAUACUAACAUCCAACGAGCUCGUUAUGAGCGAACCAUUCUAGAAAUGGCCUCAGCCUACGCUGGUUAUACAUUUUAUAUACCGGCAUUUCUUGACUUCCGUGGUCGAAUCUAUCGUAGUGGAAUCUUGCAUUUCCACGAGCGUGAUCUCGCACGGAGUCUUAUUCUCUUUGAUGCUAAAGAAUUUAUAAAUAAUUCUCAGUUUGUACUAGCACCUCAUGUAAUACAGGAAAUGCUUUAUUAUUAUCGAGCUGCUGGUGGGUUCCAUUAUAAGUCUUUCUCGACAAACCCUAUUGAUUCGGCUAACAUGUUUUUUACAGAUGUAGAAAAAUGUGUUAUUGAGGAGGUGGGUGAUAUUCAAAAAGACUCUUGUAGAGAGGAUGGUUUUUGUUAUGAUUCUGCUAUUGUUAUCACAAGCGCUAAAGCUAAAAACCCUUUUCAGUGGAUGAUGUUUUUGUGGGGUAUUUUUAAUAAAUCAGAAGAUUCUAAUUUUAUAUGCGGAGUGCCUAUUACCCAAGAUGCUUCGGCUAGUGCCUACCAAAUAAUGGCUUAUUUGCUGUUGAAUGAACCUAUGGCUAAAAGAACGAAUCUUAUAACCGACCCUGAGAAGCCAGACUCCAUAGCUGAUGUUUAUUCUGUUAUUAUGGAUGAUUUAAAGUCCUUCCUUAAUAAGGAAGAUCUUCCUGAUUCCGUCAAAGAAUUAUACAAUGAGUAUAUUGAUCGCAAAUUGGUAAAAAGUAUUUUUAUGCCUAUUAUCUACGGAAAGACUGAAAUGAGUACGGCGGGUAAUAUUAAAGCGGCGUUGAAGCCGUACUUUUAUCCCGCUUACAAAGAAAGCGCUGUGUUGGCCUCCCUCUGCUUCAAGUUUUGGAGGGAAUAUUACAAGGAAAUGGAUCAUUUGAUCCGUUUGAUUCGCCUUAUAGGUUGGUUUGCUUCUACCUGCGAUAGCCAUGUUGUCUACGAUACUCAAUUCUUUUCCACCUGCCAGGAUUUUUUGGUUAAGGAUUCCCAUAUCAUUUGGGUUUAUGACAAAAUAAGAAAGAAGAAACGUAUGGUUACUCUUAGACUCUCUUCUGACAAGAGAGAUCGUAAGAAGACUGAAGUGUCUACUUUCGUGAAUUUCAUCCAUCAAAAAGAUGCUUUAAUAGCUAUGAAGGUGGUUUUAAAUAUGCAAGGUCUAAAUGCUCCUAUUUACACCGUACAUGAGAAUUUUAUUAGUAAUGUCUACUUUUGCCAACUCUUACCGCGAAUAUACCAGACUGUAUUUACAAGCCUGGGUCCACCCCUGAGAUUCAUUAAUAAUUUUUUUAAUUCUAAUAUUAUUAGACUCGCUUUACAGAAUGGUCUUGAUAAAAACAAACUUGGGGUGAAUAUCGAACAAUUCCCCUAUAUAGUUUUAACUGAAGAGUGUAUAGAUACUUUAUUUAAUUGUAUUUUACCUGAAACCUUUAAAAACAAGAAAGAGAAGCUUAAAGUGUGGAAUGCCAACGUCUCUCGUUUUAAAACGUACUACUUUGGCUAUGUGCGCACUGUGUGCUGUGAGGAUCCAAGGAGUGGCUCUGUGGAUAUGAAAUGGGAUAAUCAUGAGAUUAAAUGGGAGCAAUUUAUGAGUAAGAUCGACGGGCAGUAUUGUGUGCAUUAUUAA